GAGGCCCGUGGCAUUCUGAGUUGGACUUCACGGAUCCCUUCUUUGGCAGCUCCCAACAGAUGAUUUCACGAUAUCAGCAGCGUUUUGGUCGCGCACCUACAGCAGAUGCAGCUGCAUGUGUGGCUGCGGGCAUUUCCCUGACGUAUGGCCUGCAGCGCUACGGUCGCUCCUUGCUGAAUUUGAGCACUGCCGAACGACGGCAGGAGAUUCGUUUCGCGCUAGGCCGUUUGGACGAUGAGACCAUCUUUGGCACUGUCCGCUUCAACCGCUUCAAUCAGAACAGCGGAAGUAGCACAACUUUGCAAGUCUUGGAAGACGGUCGCAUCAGGCCGGUGCUGCCGUCGGUUUUUGCGCGGCAAAGCUUGCGAUUUCCGAGCCCAACCUGGGAGGUCCGGAAAGGGUGUCCCCCUGGGAGCUAUGCAGCUGCGAACAAUUGGACACAGCCUGUGGAGUGCGUGCUGUGCCAGGAGGGAACCUUCCGCUCCACAGCGACUCCACCACUGGAAAUCUCACGCUGUGAGCCAUGCACAGUUCCGGGACGCGGGACGUUGCCGGGCCAGAGAGCUUCAGUGGACUGUCCUUGGUGCCCCCCCGGACGCUUCAACGAUCGCGGGCUCUGCAUUCCCUGCCCCUUGGGCACCUCCCGAGCAGCGAAUAGCUCGAUGUGUGAAGCCUGUGAAGCUCAUAGCUUUGCGGAUGAAGCGGGCUUGGAACUUUGCAAGCCAUGCCCCAACCGCUCCUCUCAACCAGAGGUGGGUCAAACGCAUUGUCUUUGUGACAUCGGCAGUUUCUCGGAUAGCGCUGCUGUUUUGAGCUGCCUGUCCUGUGAUGACGUCCUGCCUGGCAGCACCACCCUGAAGGGAAAUUCCAAGAGUAGUGAGGCGUGCGUGUGUCCUCCACAAACCUUUUGGCAUCGUCCCAGCAACAGGAGCUCGUUGGCCUUCUGCAAGCCCUGCAGCGUUGGUUUAGUUUGCAGAGGGGGUCUUGAAGAGAACAGCAGCAAGCACCAGGCGCCGUUCCAGCAGGCGGGCUACUCGGCCGGAGCGCCUUUGUUUUUGGGCGCGGAUCCAGCGUACAUCGUCAGCUGCACGAGCGCUAUUCGCUGCCCCGAACUUCCCAUUGGCAGCUGUCCAGCGGGGAAUUGGGGCAUUGGAUGUGUGAAUUGCGUGGCCAACCAUUACGACGAUGAUGGCAUUUGCAGAGUCGGCCUUCUCGGUGUGGCCAUUGAUUGCGGCCAUUCUGUUGGGCAUCAUCGCACUGGGCGUGCUCUACAAAUUUGCCGUCACCGUGGAUCGCUCCAGUCGUGACUCGGUGGCGACCAUCAUCUUGGGCGCCAUCUUCGUGCUGCUCAUCCAGCUUGGGGUACCAAACUUCAGCACCGUGCGCGUGGAAUGGGUGGAACCUCUGAAGACCCUGCGCUCCGUUUUCUCCUUUAUGACCUUCAAUGUGGAGGUUGUGAGGCCUGGCUGCUGGAUGAGUGGUCGCAGCCCCUUGAUGAGCUAUUUGGGUUCCCUGGCCUGUUAUCCCUGUGCUGCGCUGCUGAUUCUAUGCCUGCUGGCGAUUGCCAAG